AUGAUUCAGCUUGAAAGCAAUACCCCACAGAUCCCGGGGGAACUUCUAAACAAGGAUGACACGCAAGAGUUACGGAGAAUGGUGGCCGAUCUUCUAGGCAGAAAACAAACCACGUUCCCCGGGUCUCAACCCGUUUCAUUUGAACGGAAACAUCUUCAUGAUAACCUUAUGACGCGAGACUAUUUUGUAUGUGAGAAAACCGAUGGGUUGCGGUGUCUUUUGUUUGUGUUUCUCCAUCGUCAAAUGGGUGAAGGGGUGUUUUUGAUCACCAGAGAGAACGAGUACUAUCACAUCCCCAAUAUCCAUUUUCCAUUGACUACUGAUGAGCGAGAGGGCAAGACUUUCCAUGAUGGAACGUUACUUGAUGGGGAACUUGUAUUAGAGACCAAGAACGUUAGUGAACCAAUAUUGAGAUACUGUAUAUUUGAUGCCUUGGCUGUCAAUGGCAAGGACAUUCAUGCUAGACCAUUAUCCACACGACUUGGAUAUGCCACUGAACAAGUCAUGAAACCAUUUGAUAAAUAUAAGCAAUUGAAUCCAGCGGUAGUAAAUGCUCCGGAUUUCCCCUUUAGAGUCAGUCUAAAGAUGAUGGAAUCUUCUUAUAGAGCUGAUAAAGUGCUACUGAGGAAGAAUCAGUUGUUUCAUGAAUCUGAUGGAUUGAUCUUUACUUGCGUUGAUUCUCCCUAUGUGUUUGGCACUGAUGACACGUUGAUCAAAUGGAAACCAGCGCACGAAAACACCAUUGAUUAUAAGAUGGAAAUAGUAUUCAAUGAUUUCCAAGAUCCAGACAUGGAUCCUAGAGACCCAGAAUCUACUUAUAAAGACUAUGACUCGUUGCCUAACCUUAUCAAGUUACGAAUAUGGCAGGGGGAUGAUGCCUAUCGGGAUUUUACCAAGCUUUCGUUGAGUGAAGACGACUGGGAACGAUUGAAAGCAUUACAAGAACCUUUACAAGGAAGAAUAGUUGAAUGCAGAAAGAAAUUAGACAAACCCGGAUACUGGGAAAUGAUGAGAUUCAGAAAUGAUAAAUCAAAUGGGAAUCAUGUCAGUGUAGUGGAAAAGAUUUUGAAAAGUAUUGAAGACGGAGUUAAGGAACAGGAAAUGAUAGAUCUUCUUCCUGAAAUAGAACGAGCAUCUCGCCAGAGACAUCAAGAAAAGAGAUUGAAAUAUCCUUCUGCUUCUAACCCCAUUGGUUCGAGACAACCAUCUGGUGAAAGACAAAAUUCUGUUAACGAAACUCACCACAAGCGGCCACCACCACAGAAUGUAGAUAAUCAUGUGGAUGAACCUCCAACGAAGAAAUCAAAACGACAGGAAAUUAACACUGGAUUGGAAGAAAUCCCAAUGUACGAAGACAGUGAAGAUGACGACGAAAAUUAA